AUGACUUCUCAUAUCGAUCAUUUGUCACAUGAUUUCGCUAUUUUGUCUCAGUAUCAGUUUCAUAUGCAACCACCUAAGUGUUCAUUUUUCCAAGGUCAUAUUGCUUAUUUGGGUCAUAUUGUGGGUGAGGGAGCUGUGUCACCUGAUCCUCUUAAGAUACAAGGAGUUGUUGAUUGGCCCAACCCAAAAUAUGUGAAGAGUUUGCGUGGUUUUUUGGGUUUAUCGGGUUUUUCUCGCCGAUUUGCUAAGGGGUAUGCUACUUUGGCUCACCCUUUAACUUCUUUAUUAAAGAAGGAUGCAUUUGACGGGUCUACAUUGGCUUAA